CACACUAUAACAGUUAAAAUCAUAGUCAAAAUGUUAAUCAUAACGUUCGGAAUUAUUUUAUUUUUCUCAUCGUCUCAAUCCAAAAGCCUUUUUAGGCCAAACUUGCCUCUGGGCGAAUAUCGUAUAGUGAUCGAUAAAUUAUAUCCAUGUGAAAAAACAAAAAACUAUCCACUUCAAUUCAAUUGGUAUUUAAGUAAAAAGACAUCGAGUAUAACGGAGUUAAAAGGCAAUAUGACAUUGCUGAUACCUUUCGAUGAUACUCUUACAAUCGAUUUUAACUAUGCAUCUUGGGGCUCAACUGGCGGAUGGGUACCAAAUGCAUAUAAUCUCAACACAAAAAAGGCAUGCAGUACUAUAAAAUAUCUCGUUGGAAAUGCAUGGCUUAACUUUUUAGAGGGUUUCAACAUACCAACUAAUAAAUGUCCAUGGCCAGUGGGCACAUAUAUUACGUCAGGGAUCGAUAAGAAGAAACUUGAAGAUAUGAACUUUCCCAAAACAUAUUUUUAUGGAAAAUAUAAAGUUAUGUGUCGCUAUAGAAAUUUAAAAAAUGAAAUAGUUGGCUGCAUUGUUAUGGAGGUUAAUCUUAUACGACCUUGGGAAACACCAAUUUGAUUAAUGUAUAUGCAAUAAUAAUAUAAUAUGUUAUUAACUUGUUAUGAUGACUAUGUAAUAAAUAUUUUAAACAGUUCCAACACUAAUUGAUUUAAUUCACAUUCUAAGGAUGGCAAAGGCAAUAUCCUUUUGACCAUCUAAUCACUUAAGCCAAAUAAUAUAUAUAGCAUACAGCCAUACUAUAUAUAUAAUAAUAAUUAUUGUAGAUGACCUUGUUCACUGAAAAUACUCGAAUACGCUAUAUAUUAUAACAUGACAUACAUAACAAUUCUAAAGUGUGUUCUUUCACUGCUCAAGGGGU